AUGCUCUCACGUGUUGCUGCAGUGAAGGCACCCCGCACUCACAACCAUCGCCGCGUGACCGGAUCCAGCGGAAGGAGGAGGGAAGGAAGAGAGAGUGAGCCGCAGAGGCCCAGCAUGUCCCGGCGUGUGUUUACUUCCGCGGUGGUGAUCCUCGUCGUGAUGAUGUGCUGCAGUACUGGUGGAGCUGCGGCUUCUGAUGGGCAGUCAUCUGAUCCAAAUUUUGAAUGGAAGGACAUCACUGAUGGUGAAACUUUGGACUCGUUGAGCGUUCCCGGCCUUAUAGUAGUGGGGAGUGGCGUAUUUGCCGUUGCCGGGGCGCAGUGCAAGAAUGGUGAAAACACUGUUUUUACUGGCAUUGCAUCCCAACUUCUCACCAACACAGCGGAUAACAAACCGGAGGAAGUGCUGAAGGAUGCCAAGGAUAAACCACAAUUUCUGGAGGAAGGCGGUUCCCCAAGCACGAAAGUAGAUGUGAGCCGACCAACAACAGUUGUGAAUGGAAGUGAUAUUUACAUGCUUGUUGGAAAAUACAGCCAUGAAGCUGCCGCUAACUGUCAGGCUGGAACUGAGAACAUCAAAUCAGGAAUAUUGCUGGCAAAGGGUGAGGUCGGUGGUGAAGGCGACAAAAAAAUUGAUUGGAAAACUACUGACGGUGUACCGUGCACUCUGGGCGACCAACACAAAUCCUUGACAGGGCUGAUUGGCGGCGGUGGAUCGGGUAUCAAGCUGAAGGACGGCACGUUUUUGUUCCCGGUGGAAGGCACGAAGGAGAACGAGGACAAAGAUGUGAAAGCCGUUUCGCUGAUUAUGUACUCCUCGGGUACUAAGAGCUGGACGUUGUCGAAGGGGAUGUCUGCCGAUGGCUGCAGUGAUCCCUCCGUCGUGGAGUGGGAAAAGGACAAACUCAUGAUGAUGACUGCGUGCGAUGAUGGCCGCCGCAGGGUGUACGAGUCCGAUGACAAGGGGGAUUCGUGGACGGAGGCCCUCGGGACACUCUCGCGCGUGUGGGGCAACAAACAAAAGUUAAAUGAGAAGGGCGUUAGAAGCGGGUUCAUCACAGCGAAUAUUGGCGAUGGUGUUGAUAAUAAGAAGAGGAAUGUGAUGCUUGUCACUCUGCCGGUGUAUCCCAAGAAUACUGAGGAAGAACAAGUUAAUGAAAAGGGCGUACUCCAUCUUUGGCUGACGGACAAUACGCACAUUGUUGAUAUUGGGCCGGUAUCCGAGGAAGAUGACGUUGCCGCCAGCUCCCUUCUGUACAAAAGUGGAGAUAAUAAUGAGGAGUUGAUUGCACUGUACGAGAAGAAGAAGGACGACGCGGAAAAACCAUCACCCGGUAUCGUCUCUGUGCGUCUGACUGAGCAGCUGAAGCGGGUGAAGGAUGUGCUGGCGACCUGGAAGGAAGUGGACGAACGUGUCUCCAAGCUGUGCCUCACUUCAAGUGCUGCCAAGGAUGAAUCAACUGGCACUGCCUGCAGUACUGAUAAAAUCAAGGAUGGGCUUGUUGGCUUCUUGUCCGGCAACUUCUCUAAUAACACAUGGAAGGACGAGUACCUCGGGGUGAACGCCACAGUAAAGAAGGGAGCGAAAGAAGUGGCCAGCACGGAUAACGGCGUGACGUUCAAAGGACGUGGUGCGUGGGCGGAGUGGCCCGUUGGCAGGCAAGGGGAGAAUCAGCUGUACCACUUUGCGAACCACAACUUCACUCUUGUGGCGACGGUGUCCAUCCACGAUGUGCCGAAGGAGGGUUCUAUUCCAUUGAUGGGUGCGACGAUGAAUGACAGUGACAAUACAGUACUCCUGGGACUGUCGUACAACGACAACGAAAAGAAAUGGCGGGUGUUGUGCGGUGGCAGAGAGAACAAGGAGCACAGCAGCCAUUUGGAGACAAAGAAAUCAGAACACGUGGUAAUUUUGCUACGGAACGGCAACCAGGGCUCUGCGUACGUUGAUGGCCAGCCUGUGGGUGGGGAUGAACAGUGUAAAUUGAACAACACGGAUUCGAAAGGAAUCUCCCACUUCUUCAUUGGAGGGGAUGAAGGCAACGCAGAGGGCCAAGAAGGCGUGUCUGUGACGGUGACGAAUGUCCUGCUGUACAACCGCCCGUGGAAAUCCGAAGAGAUUGCAGGGCUUGCCAAAAAUAAAGUUACUAUUUCGAAGUCGGAAGGCCCGAAGACAUCGAUGGAUACUCAAUCAUCAGCGACAAGUGGAUCACCUGUGCAGGGAACCGUGUCCUUGUCCAAUUCUGCCAGGCAACUGCCGUCGGAACAGGAACCGUUGAAAGAGAAUAUUGGUGGUGCUGGCGGUGUAUCCGGUGCAGCUUCCGUUACUACUCCUUCAGCAGAUGCAAACACUCCUGCCUCUAAUGGCGAGGGGAAAGUUGAACCUGCAGUGAAAAAGGAGAUGAGCGUGAACUCUGCUGAGGAUGAGGAGACAAGAGGAGGAACGGAUGGGCAGAAGGAAGAGGUACAGCCACAGGUAAGGGAAGUAAAUGCAACGGCACUCAACAGCAGCCUCGGAAAAUUGUCGCAGGGGAAUAACAGCGAUGCCGGCACCAUGCGUGGGAGCGGACUGCUGCCAUCGCUGCUUCUGUUGGGACUGUGGGGGUUUGCGGCUCUGUGA